AUGGAAAGAGCAGAUGAGCCAGCUGAGAAUCUCAGGCAGACCCUGGAGUGGCUGAGAAAGGAACUGUCUGAGAUGCAGGUUCAAGACCAGAGACUCCUGCUCACGCUGAGGCAUCUGCAUAGUGUCCUGGAGGAGCUGCGCGCGGCGAGUGCCCACUGGGAGGACGCCAGGUCCAGUGGCGCGCCCUCUCCCAUCAGGGCUCGAGCAGGCUCUGAAGGCAGGAGCCACCAGCCUCCAUCCUUGGGGGGGCUGGCCCAGCUCCUUCGAGGAGAAGAGAGCAGGCGCAGCUCCCUCCCUUAA